GGGUGGAGCAGCUGUGGAGCCCAGGUUCUGGAGCCAGCAGCCCGCGCCCUGCGACCAGCGGCGAUGAAGAUCUGGAGCUCCGAGCACGUGUUCGGGUGAGGCCAGGCUGCGGGCCACCGUGGGGUCUGGGCCGACGCCCGCUCCUGCUCCUGACCCUGCCCCCCGCGCCGCUAGGGGAGGCCUAGAAUGGCCGGACUGCAGACCCGGCUCUCGCAGAGCCUUACCAGCCUGACGUGAACCGUGAACCGUGCCCCGAUAGCUGCCUCGGUCUCCUAAAAAGAGGCUCAGCCACCCUUGGGACAAAGUCAUCAAAGCUGCUAUGAGGAAGUACCCAAAUCCGAUGAACCCCUGUGUCGUGGGAGUCGAUGUGCUGGAGCGCAGUGUGGACGGUGGUGGCCGGCUUCACAGCCACCGCCUCCUCAUCACUGAGUGGGGGCUGCCCGGCCUUGUGAGAGCGAUUUUGGGAACCACUAGGACUUUGACAUACAUCAAAGAACAUUCUGUUGUGGAUCCAGUGGAAAAGAAAAUGGAACUUUGCUCCACCAAUAUCACACUCACAAACUUGGUGUCGGUGAACGAGAGGUUGGUGUACACACCCCAUCCAGAGAACCCUGAAAUGACUGUGCUCACACAAGAAGCCAUCAUCACUGUGAAGGGGAUCAGCCUUGGCAGCUAUCUGGAAAGUUUAAUGGCCAACACAAUAUCAUCUAAUGCAAAGAAGAUGCCUCAUCCCAAAAAUCAAAGAGGAAAGAAAGAGAGAAAAAAAGAAAGGAAGAAAGAAGCGAGCCCUAGAUGCGGUUCACCAGCCCAGUCUGAGAGAGGUGUGAAAUCUGCUGGAACCUGCUGUCUGCCCGCUCAUAGCCCCCACCAGGCUCCUUGUGGUGACCUCCCAGGACAGAAGGCCUGGCUGAAGCGCAGGUGGAGUUCUAGUCCAUUGCAGAGUGAGACCCAGAGGAGGAAGAACUCUGACAGGAGGAAGACAAGGACCCUUCAGGGUCCACUUUGUCAUCCUGAUUGCUGACCAGGGUCCUGGGCUCUGCUCACAGCCCAGUUGCCCCAUGCCAGCAGUUAGUCAGAUUGUUCUUGUGCCUUGUCUAUUUUCUGCUUAGCAGCAGCUCCCAGCUCUUUCUUGCCAGUUCUUGGGAUCUCACUAAAUAGCUUUUUUUCUUUUCAGAGAGCUGUCCAUUUCCCUCCAAUGCCUCUGAAAUGAUAGUCUUCACAACCAGCCUCUUCACACAUAUCUGGCUACCAUGUGUCAUUUGAGAUGAUGUUGCCACGUACCCUUCUCUUCUCAUCACUGCAGAAAAUCUGCAUACCCCACAGUAGGGGCGUCCACCCUCAGCAGCGACGUGUCUGGCUGACAGUACUGUGAGCUUUCCAAUCAGGGACAGAUUGGUCAGGAGAGCAAAGCACUCUGUCUUCAGCCUGCAGCGAGUUUGUCCAGCCACCCUAGACUAGUGACCCCAAGUGCUGAAGGCCUGUGUCACUUCUCACCAUUCAGACCUGUCCUCACGGAGAGAGAGCCACUGUCAAGAGGUGGUGGCAGCAGCACUCGUGAUUGUAAGCACUCUGCCAUCCAAUUAGAUUCAAGGCACUUCCAAAUUAAGAGUUUUAAUUUUCCCAUUUUCCAAAAUAAAAUGAACAACUUCUUUCAAUAUAUUGCAAAUUAUAAAAAUUUUAGAGAAGGCCUCCUCCAUAAAGGGUGGGUAGAACUGUUUCACUAUGUUUUAUUAGGUAAACUAAUUAUUUGAUACUAAUUGUUUUACUUUUUGUUUGAUAAUAGUAAUUCCAAUCCAAAAUGAAAUUACAUUUUUAUCAGACUAUUUAAUGAAUAUAGCUUAAGGUAAAAUAGAGUUAAAAAAUUUAUGACAAAAGAAAACUCUUACCCCUUCUGCAGAGUAAGGCUCAACCCUUCUAAGGGACUUGGAAAUUCUUUGGCAAUUUCUGCCAUUUAUUUCUAGAUUUCUAAAUAAAUAAGCAUAUUGUACUAUUUCUUGAUUCAGUAAUUUCAGAUAUUACCUGUUGACUUCCUGUUGUGGUAGAUUAUUAUUUUACUUCUCUUACAGCUUCUCUCCCUCCCUCAUUUCUCCAGUAUAGCUAUAUUGUAAUUUGUGGCGAAAAGCACAUUCAUAGUUUCCAAAAUUUUGAAAAUGCAUUACCAAGCCAAACCUAAGUACCAUAAUUGUGUUUUCUUAAUAUAACUCUUUCCCUCAAAUGUACUACUAAUCUUAUUUUUUCACCAAUUGAAUUUUAUUUUUUAAAAGUCUCUGGCUGAGUCCUUCUACAUUGCUUACCUACUCUCCACAGCGCCCAUAGUGUUAUUUUCCACGGGCCAGACCUUGGAGGUAGCACCUCCCUUUCUGGUUUCUGGGUGCUCUCCUUCUUGGAAGCCUGGUAUCACUGUCCUCCAACCAAGCAGCCACAGGGCUAUCUUCAUUCCUGGGCAUUUCCUUGGCCCGCCUCCUUUCCCAGAACCCUCUUCUCCUGGAUUCACUCCCUUCACUCCCUUCCUCUCUGUCCUAUUCUAGAAGGGGAAGGACAUCUUGUAGUAGCUCCUAAGAGUUGGUGCAUCUGAAAAUGUCUAUUCUGUUCUCAUGCUUCAUUCAUAGCUUGGCUGAACAUAUGAUUCUAGAUAAAAAAGAAAUAUUUUCACUCUAAAUUUUACAGGUAUUGCUCCAUUGUUUUGCACUCUGAUUCUUGAUUCUCUGUCUGUGGAUUUUUUUUUCUCUCUGAAUGCUUUUAGGAUCUUUUUAUCUCUGAUGUUGUGAAAUGCCAUAUGGUUAAGUCUCAUUUGAAGUGCUCUUUUAAAAUUCACUAUGUUGGCCCUGGCUGGUGUGGCUCAGUGGACUGAGCGCCAGCCUGCAGACCAAAAGGUCACCGGUUUGGUUCCUGGUCAGGGCACAUGCCUGGGUUUUGGGUCAGGUCCCUGUCUAGGGGUGUGCACCAGGCAACUGAUUGAUGUAUCUCUCAUGCAUCAUUGUUUCUCUCCCUCUCUUUCUC